GGUGCGGUGGGAGCUGAAGAAGACUCUGUUACGGAACAUUUGGGACACACACGCACGCACGCACGCACGCACGCACACACACACACACACACACACACUCUCCUCUGUCUGUCUCACCUCUGCUGGGUGUCUGGCUGUGGCAGGUAUGAAGUUGUCAAACAGCCGCCCCUCCAGGGUGGGCAGGAACCCCUUCGUCCACAAGCUGAAAUUCACCAUGACAGAGAAGAUAAAGAUAGGACUGAUGUCGGUCACCGUAUUCCCCGUGCGGCUGCUGCUGGUGUCCUUCUUCAUGCUGCUGGCGUGGCCCUUCGCCUUCGCCGCCUCCCUGGGACGUUCCGAGUUUGUCAUUGAGCCACAGUCAUGGUGGAGGAGGCUUGUAGACCUGUGUUUACAAGUGAUCAUGCGAGCCAUGUGGUUUUGUGGAGGUUUCCAUUGGAUCAAGGUGAAAGGGGAGCGGGCGGCGCCUUCGGAAGUCCCCAUCCUCACUGUAGCACCGCACUCCGCCUACUUUGACGCCAUCCCAGUCACCAUGACCAUGUGCUCCAUAGUCACCAAACUGGAGAGCAGGAGCAUUCCCGUCUGGGGCACUCUGAUCAGCUACAUCCGGCCGGUGUUUGUGUUUCGGUCAGACCAGGACUCCAGGAAAAAAACCGUAGAGGAGAUUAAACGGAGAGCACAGUCUGGAGGGGAGUGGCCUCAGAUCAUGAUAUUUCCAGAGGGAACGUGCACCAACAGAUCGGGUCUCAUCUUAUUCAAGGCUGGUGCCUUCAUCCCAGGACUCCCAGUGCAACCGGUGGUGCUACGCUACCCAAACAAACUGGAUACUUUUACAUGGACGUGGCGAGGUCCCGGAGCGUUCAAGAUCCUAUGGCUCACUCUGUGCCAACCUCAUAACUCCAUGGAGAUCGAGUAUUUGCCUAUAUACACUCCAUCAGACGAGGAGAAGGAAAACCCUGCCCUGUUUGCAAAUAACGUCAGAAGGCUCAUGGCCAAGGCGCUGGAGCUGCCCCUCACAGACCUGUCCUUCGAUGACCGUGAGAUCAGCCUGUCAGAGGGCCCGCUGCGCAUUCAGGACUACAGCAGCCUCCUGGAGUUUAACCAGCUGGUGUGCCGCCUGGGGCUGAGAGCAGGAGCCAGAGUCAAGGUGCUGGAGGAGCAGGCCAAGAGAGCUGGGAAGCUGCAGGGAGACCGGCUGGGUUUACAGGACUUUGGCCAGUUCCUCGACCUGCCAGUCACAGACACACUCGCACAAGUCCACAGGCUCUUUGACAAGCGCGGAGACGGACAGAUAGACGUCAGACACUUUGUCAUCGCUCUGUCCACGGUUCAUCGACCAUCGAGGUCAAUGGAGACGCUCAAACUGGCCUUCAAGAUGUACGAGGCCGAAGAGGACGGCGACGUCCGCGAGGACGACCUGGCCGCCAUCUUGGAAACCAUGCUGGGAUUGAAAGAGGUGGAGCUCUCGGGUGUGUUUUUAUCGCUCGACAGACCCGACACAGGGACGAUCGCAUACGAUGAAUUUCAUCAUUUUAUAGAGCAACAUCCUCGCUUUGUCAUGGACCACCUCAAUUUUGAAGACCACCCAGGCAGAGGCUGCUGCGUCUGUCGCGAGCGCCGCAACGGCCACAACCACGACAAAGACGACUGAGCGACGGACUCGAGAUCAGCAAACGCUCUCCUCUAACUUCUCGUGUCCGAUGUAGCGGCGUUUUUUUUUCCGAACGCUGCCGCUUUGCCUCGCACCUCUGUGCCUUCAUGUGCCGGCAGGGGGGAGAAUAACCCAGGGGAACCAUAAUAAAGGUGUUUAUGAAGUGUAAAGAUGGAUCAGUGCAACACGGACGAUGGAAUCCGAAUCUCCACCCACAUCAUGUCUUUCAUUUGUCCUCCGAACUUUUAUUGCCUUCCUGAUAUUUUUUCUUUUCUAGCUCUGUGAAUGUGAUAUUUAUUUUAAUUUAAUUUUCUUAUGUAUGCAAGGUACAGAUAUUUAAGAAAUGAGUUGAUCAAAGGUGGGGUACUUUUCAAACCAUGCUGUUGACUUCUUGUCGGAGGUUAAGUGCUGUUGUUGAUCUCAGUCGAACGGGACGCUGUUUACACACGGCACGUCCACGGAUACAUGGAAACAGCAUUUCAGGUAUAAAAUACAUUUUUAAAAAAGGGAGUGAAAAACUGUACUGCAGGCACAAAAUGAAGAAAUUCGCCACUGAAUCCAGAGGAAACCAUUCCUCCUUUCCAGCAGCUCUGCCACUGCCGUAGUAAUAACAGCCCGAGUGGUUCAAUAUUCAUCAAGUGACUCAGAAUCCCUUCCAGGAGUCACUCGGGAAGUUUAACUAGAAGUCAAAGUACUGCAGCCUCAGAGUUGAAGCUUUUCACACUGAUGUGAACAGUAGCCACACGUCCACAGACAAAUAACAUGGAUGACAAAGCCAUGCAGGUUAUAUAUGAUACAUGACACUGCAAUAAAUAAGUUGUGACUCGUCACAUGUACCAAAAAACCUAUUUGCUUAAGGCUGCAUUCGAAAGAGAUGAGAUAGCCUGAUUGGUUGUUUUUACGCAACUUCGUUAUCUCUUUAGAGAAAUGUUGCAAAAGCUGCGUUUAAUAAAAUAAAGUGCUUUCAAGCUUU